GAUAGCAUUUUUUUGUUUUGGAAGGCAUUUUAAAAAGGGUUUAAAAUUCAAUAUAAAAAAAUUCGUGACAUUUACCCCCUCCCCUCUCCUCUUAUAAGUCGACCCUGGUCCAAAGUCAAAGAGAAAGCGAGCGAUGUUUCGUGGCAUCCUGCUAACAUCCUCGUCGACAAGGUCUGCUGUGCUAUUAUGGAGCGAGUGGGCCCAGAAAUUCAUUAGAGCAAGAUCCUGUGUAAAUCUGGUACACUUGAAAAAGAUGUCAUCAAAACAAGAGACAACUUUUAUGUACCAGGAACAUCUCCCUAGUCUCCCUGUUCAAACAUUAGAACACACUUGCGGAAAAUACCUAGAAUCUGUGAAGCAUCUUUUGACUGAUGAGGAGUACAUGCAAACAGAGUUUGUUGUCAAUGAGUUCCAGUCUGGAAUUGGGAAGAAACUUCAACAAAAACUUGAGAAGCGAGGAAAAGAACAUAGAAAUUGGCUAUCUCAAUGGUGGGAAGAAGAGGCAUAUUUAAGACCACGUAGCCCAGUAGCUCCGCUUGUUAAUAUUGGAGGCCCAUUUAUGAUGCAAGAGGAUGUAUGGCCUCCAGCAGAGGGAACACUUUUGAAAAGAGCAGCAUUUGUUAUCUUUGCAUUACUGGACACAUGGCAAAAAAUCUACAGACAGCAGUUAAAAAUUGGCAAAAUGGGGAACAAGCCAUUAUGCAUGAGUCAGUACCUCAGACUGUUCUCAGAGUGCCGUAUUCCAGGCAAGGACCUUGACUCCCUCAAGGCUCAUUUCUGUCUUGCUCCAGAGAAACCCCCUCGCCACAUUAUGGUCCAAACAAAUGGACGAAUCUUUACAUGUUAUGUCCUUGAUGAGAACUAUGAGCCUCUCACCCCUCCAGAUAUUGAAAGACAACUAGAGGCUGUUGUUAAAAUGGCUAAAUCCAGACCUCUGGGGCCGUGCAUCGGCGCUUUGACGGCAGAAGAUAGGACCACAUGGUACCAGUCACGGAAUUUGCUGAUAGCAUUGGAUGGAAAGAAUGGUGAAUAUUUACAUGCCAUAGAGACAGCAAUGGUGAAUUUAGUUCUAGACUAUGAAUGUGAAGGCAAAGACUAUCAAGAGGUAACACACAAUUCCAUACUUGGAGACUGUAGAAAUCGUUGGUUUGACAAAUCCAUCACUGUUAUUGGGUGCAAGAUGGGAACAUUUGCCACAAACUGUGAUCACUCACCAUUCGACGGGAUUGUAGAAAUCAGUACGAUGAUAGAUGCUUCCGUUAUGAUCAGAAAAUUCAAUGGGGAAUGGCAGGGACGUCAGCAUAUAGGAAAUGUGACCCCCCCAUCUGAGUUAGACUUUGUUGUUGAUGACCAGAUGUUGAAAUGUGUAAAAACAGCGGUUGACAAAUACCAAAAAGAGGCGGACCGAAUAAUAAUCAUAGACACUAAAACAACAAUGUUUGGCAAGAACCACAUCAAGAGACUCGGUGUCCAUCCUGAUACAUUCUGCCAACUCGCGAUACAGCUCACCUACUACCGCAUGCAUAAUAAGCCCGGCACUGCAUACGAGACGGCACAAACUCGGCAGUUCUACCAUGGACGAACAGAUACGGUUCGCUCGUGUACCGCUGAGGCCGUGGAAUGGUGCAAGGCCAUGGUUAGUCCGCAUAAUGUGUCCGAAAAAGCUCUUUUGCUGAAAAAGGCAGCGGACAAGCAUAACAAACUGAUGAUGGAAGCAACAAAUGGGCAAGGAAUCGAUCGCCAUUUGAUGGGCUUGGCAGUAAUCGCCGCAAAGGAAGGUAUACCAACACCAAAUAUCUUCACGGACAAGGCAUGGAAGGCCAGUGGUGGAGGAGCUAAUUUCAAACUCUCGACAAGCUGUACUGGAUUCUGGUCAACUCACGGGGGCUGUGCUCCCAUGGUGCAUGAUGGGUAUGGCUUCUUUUACUCCAUCGAGGAAGAAGAAAUCUACAUUAUACUGUCGGCGUUUAAGGAUUCUACGGUCACAGAUGCCCCUCGCUUCGAGAAAGAAUUCACCCGCUCGCUGAUUGAGAUGAGUGAAGUGCUUCAGUCAGCCAAGCUAUGAUAUCAAAGAUUCCGUUCUUCUGCAGUUCUGUAAACUAAGCUAUGAUAUCAAGGAUUCAGUUCUUCUGUAAACUAAGCUAUGAUAUCAAAGAUUCAUUUCUUCUGUAAACUAAGCUACGGUAUCAAGGAUUCAGUUCUUCUGUAAACUAAGCUAUGAUAUCAAAGAUUCAUUUCUUCUGUAAACUAAGCUAUGAUAUCAAGGAUUCAGAUUAGCGAUUUCUUUCACGCCGCUUCGAGACCGUUGUGUUGUUUAGAAAGAAAGCCUCGGCCAACACCAAUUCAAUACGAAAAUUUCGCUCUUAUUCCUUUAAUACAUCACGAACCCCUACGAAACUAGCACCAAAUUAAUCCCUGGAAUACGUAGAUUAAUGAUCGUGUAGUUAUUUUUGUGCGAUUUCAAUGAUGCAAGUAAAUAUUUUAAAUUUUUUAAAUUUUAAAAAAUUUAUGAAAGUAAUAUAAAAAAUAUGUUGUUGAAGAAAUCGUCUUAUAUAACAGGAAUAACAGUUAAACGUUUUUAUAUAUGAAACACUUAUGCUACGAGGCUACUUUUUUGUUAUAACUAUGUGUGGACGAAUUGACUAUUUUUGUGGACGAGUUGACUCUACUUUUAGACGAGUUUACUCAACUUGUGGACGAAUUGGUUUUUGGACGAAUUGACUGCAUACUAACCUAUGACUACGCAUAGUAAAGGUAGAUAUAGUGAUGGUUGGUGGCGUGACGGUGAAUAUCGUAAUGGUGAAUACUAGGUGGAUGGCGUGACGAGGAAUGUCGCGAAGGUUUGGUGAUGUGCAGUGAACACUCUUCUUUUAUUUCCUUCUUUUUUUAAUAGAUAUUUUGAUUUAUGUAUUGAUUGAAUAAUCAAAAGUUUCUGUAAUUUUAUUUAAGUAAUUCAGGUAUAUUUUAAUCAAAAUUACUAAAAUUAAUAAAAACAGCUUGAAUAAGGUA